GCACAAAAUUAUGCACAGUGCUAGCUCCCCACAGAGGAAUCUGUGUACAGCAGACGAUCACACUACAAGAAUUGGCGCCAUGCACCCACCCCUCCGGUUUAUAAGGGCAAGAAGAAGAAGAGCAAAGAGCACCACCACGUUGCCCCUUCAGACAGAGAGAAGGUAGCCGUUGCUUGCUUCGCCGGCCUCUGCUCUCUGCUGCAGCUAGAGCUAGAUGCUCCCAGCCAUCUCCGAUCCUAGCUUUCCUCCCCCUUUCGCUGCUGCUGCUGCCCCUGGAGGAAUCUCUCUUCUUCGAUCUCCCGUCAAAGCUUGGAGGAGGAGUAGGCUAGUAGGCGUCUAGUUGCUCUAGCUAUAGUACUGUAGCUUCCAGCUGCGAGAGACAGAGAGCGAGGUUGCUUGCGUUUGCUUUGUCUCUCUGCAAAACCUUGCAGGAUUGCAGCUAGCUCUGCGCCAUGGCGGGGGCUGGGCUUUGAAGGCCUCGAGGCGCGCAAACCUUGUCCCUUUUCGCGCAAAUCCUUGCCGCCUUUUGGUCGCCUUUCCUCCCCCCUCCUCGGGCCACGCGCCGUCAGCGGCAGAACGCAGAGGCACCUGCUCUGUCUCCUUCCUGCAGGCCAUCGUCGUCUUCGUCGUCGUCGUAGUUGAUCUCCGGCCGGCUAUAUAUUUAUUCCCUCUCCCCCUGCUGCUCUCUCUUGUUACGCUCGUGACCUGCUGCUCAGUGAGUAGUCGCCAUGGCGUGGAGGAGCGGGAUCGGGGAGAGCGGCCUCGAGCUCAGCCUCGGCCUCCCCGCCUACUUCUCCAAGAACUCGUCGGCGUCAGUGCAAGCAGAAGCAGAUGGAGAGGGAUCGAAUCGUGCGGCUGCUUUCGCAGUCCAAUCCAAUGGAAGCAGUUCCUCCAAGGCAAGGACGGCUGCAGCUCCGGUUGUGGGGUGGCCGCCGGUGCGGUCUUUCCGGCGGAACCUCGCCUCGUCGUCGUCCUCCAAGCCGGCGACGUCGUCGUCGCAGAACGCCGAGAAAUCGAGCAAGGACGGCGGCGGCGGCUGCUCGGGUGGAAACGAGCAUGCGCAGAAGGGCAUGUUCGUCAAGAUCAACAUGGACGGCGUCCCGAUCGGGAGGAAGGUCGACCUGACGGCGUACGGCGGCUACGCCGAGCUCUCCUCCGCCGUCGACAAGCUCUUCCGCGGCCUGCUCGCCGCUCAGAGGGACCCGGCCGGCCCUGACGGCGAGGCCGACGUGGCCACCGGCGAGAUGGUCGGCGGCGGCGAGUACACGCUCGUCUACGAGGACGACGAGGGUGACAGGAUGCUCGUCGGCGACGUCCCGUGGCAGAUGUUCAUUGCCACGGCGAAGAGGCUCCGCGUCCUCAAGAGCGCCGACCUGCCGCCGCCGUCGCUGAUGAGGGCGGCCGGGAGCAGGAAGAGGGCGGCGGCGGACAGCUGAAUCCGAUCGCUGUCAGCUGAAGUGGAGCUGCUGCUGAUGAUGAUGAAGAUGCUGUGCUUGGCUUCGUGGCCAUUUUGAUGUCUUUUGGGCUACAAAAUUAUGUAUACGAGAGUGAUCAUGACAGUAUUAACGUCAUGCUUAAUUAGUACGUACGUAGCAUGGAAGAGUGUGAUUAGGCGGGUGGUUAAGCUAAUCUGUGGCGCCCUUUGGAGGUGUAAUUUUGGAUGUAUUUUACUAUGUAGGCACGUGUCAAAUUAGUUACUACUACUAUGUUUCGGCGUUUCAUCUCGAUGAUAAUGGCUUUAUUGCUGUCCACCUCGACGACGCAAAAGUGCCUCGCUUUUAGAUUUGGUUGGUUUCAACUCAAAAUCGAGGUGGAUUUCCUUGUAACCUCCGUGCAUUCCUCGUGUGAAAAAUUUGCUUAAAAUCAACUUGAAACAACUAAGUCGCUCCAGGAUAGUUUGUAUCUGUAUUUAUUGCUAUGUCAUAUAAGUAAUUUACUGAUAUGAUAGGUUAUUUAUUAGAGAGGGAGAUAUAAAAAUAAAGAAACUGGUUCUAGAUUAAGAUCCAGUCUUUACGUAAAAUAAGACUGGCCGUGAGAGAGACAAGUGGGUCAUGUAAUAAUAAAAUAUA